AGAACCUCACUGCUCUGAAGAUCAAGGAGAGGAAAGUUCUCCACCAGCCCUGAGAUCUCAAGAGUGGUAUUUGUGAAACCAGCUAUUUGCAUUAAAAUUCUUUUGGAGUCGGCGUGGCUAAUAUAUCUAUGCAAGAUUUCAUCAUGGGAAGUGGUUACUACAACAUAGUGGCUACUGUGCUGUUGGUGCUGAAUUUUGAGAGGACAAGAUCAACGCAGGAUUUCUGUAGUAACUGUUCAGCGGGCACCUUCUGUGGGAAGACCAAGCAGGAGCCCUGCAUUCCUUGCCCUUCAAAUAGUUUCUCCAGCACAAGUGGACAAAAGGGCUGCGACAUAUGCAGGAAGUGCGAAGGUAUUUUCAGGACGAAGAAGGCGUGUUCCCCCACCAGCAAUGCAGAGUGUGAGUGUGUGUCAGGAUUCCACUGCCAGGGGGCAGGGUGCACCAUGUGUGAAGAGGACUGUAUUCAAGGUCAAGAAUUAACAGAAGAGGGUUGUAAAGAUUGUUCUUUCGGGACAUUUAAUGAUCAGAAACAUGGCGCCUGUCAACCUUGGACUGACUGCUCUUUGGAUGGGAAGUUGGUACUUGUGAACGGGACGAAGGAAAGUGAUGUAGUGUGUGGCCCAACGUCGGCUGACUUCUCUCCAGGUACCCCCUCCACCACCGUGCCUGCCCUUGGGAGAGAGCCAGGUCACACCUCCCAGGUCAUCAUCUUCUUUCUCGCACUGACAUCAGCUGCAUUGCUGUUCCUGGUGUCCUUUCUGAUGCUCCGUUUCUCGGCUGUUAAACAGGGCAGAAAGAAACUCCUGUAUAUAUUCAAACAACCGUUUAUGAGACCAGUACAAACAGCCCAAGAGGAAGAUGCCUGCAGUUGUCGAUUUCCAGAAGAAGAAGAAGGAGAAUGUGAACUAUGAAGUGGAAACCCAAGGAGGGGCUGGGACUCUCCUGAGAAAAGUCACAGGAGAAAUACAAGGGCUCCCACUAUCAUAUCUUUCUAAAUUCAAAAACGUCAUCCCAGAUAAUACCCAAGAUUACCUCAACAGGUUUCUUCUAACUGCUCAUGAGUUGGCCUUUAAAAAUGUAUCACUUUUAACAGAACGGAAGAAUGGGACAGAACUGGUGGUUAAAGGUGCAUUUUCUGGAUACUGCUUAAGAGGUUUGCACUAGUUUUUUGAAAUCCAAAGAAAAAUUUAUUUUAAAUUUAAUCACAGGCCAAUGAUGCAGCUAAAAUUAUAGUCAAAGUCAAUUCUAUUUUUUGGGGGGGGGUGCUAAUAUGAUAUAGGGCAGUGAGCCAUAGUUGCAGGGAAUAUCCCCAACCGAAUUUUCCAUGGGUUCAGUCUUUCAGCACAAUGACACCCUCACACUGUCAGGGGACAAUGAGGACAGUUGUCAUCAUCGUCCAGGUUUGGGGUCAAGAGCAAAAAACAAAACAAAAAAAAAACCAACAAAAACAAAAACAAAAACAAAACAAAACAAAUGAACAAAAAUCUCAGACCUUGAAGAAGAGUUUUGGGGAAAAAAGAGUCACAUGUCCCCCCAUAUUUUGUGGUCCUCUCCACUCUCACAUCUUUUGCCUUUGUCCUCCUCCCCUCUGAGCCAGGGCAUGCUUUUUUAUUCUUAAAAACUUUAACAAUAACGUCUGAUAUACAUAAAUUAAUACGUGAAACAGGAGUGAAGAUCCACCAACUCAGAGCCCAACCGGAGCACUUACAGCAGGAGUCGCCAAACUCCCACAGGUCAAGUCUGAGCUGCCUUUGUGUGGCUGAUGAGCUCAGAAUGGUUUUACGCAUUUUAAAUAGUUAAAAAUAAAUCGAAAUAAGAAUAGUAUCUCAUGACACGAAAAAUUCUAUGAAACUCAAAUUUUAGAGUCUAUAAAUAGUUUUUUUGGAGCACACAGCCACCCUCAGGCCGGCCUUGGCAUUACAACGGUAGAGUUGAGCAUCUGGGACAGACUAUGUGGCCCACAAAGCUUAGAAUAUUUAGUAACUGACCCUUUAUGGAGUCAAAGUCAGGGUCAGAGCAGCCGUCUGUGCACUGCCUCCCUCCCACAUCUCCUGCCUACCUCCCCACCCCAAGCCCAGACAAUGAUUCUCAGGAAUGUCGAGUCUAUCAGUCCCUUGCUUAAAAAAAAUCAUUUAUCCUAUAGAUAUGUAUGCCACAAAAAAACUUUUAUUUAGUUUUGUUUGUUUCUGAGCUUUAUGAAAACGGUUCUGUGCCUGUGGAGACUUAUUGUGCUUUAAUCGCUCAAAAGUAUAUUUAUAAGACUCAUUUAUGUUAUUGUGUGUAGCUAGAAUGCAUUCAUUUUGA